GUGUGCCUGCCCUGAAAAGUCAUUUCACAGAAAGUGAGGCAAGUGCAGACAAGGGUGUCUCUGGCACCUCUGCUGCUGAUGCAGGCAGUAAGCUUUGAACUUUUUCACUGAAGGAGAAACCAUGCUCAUUCGAAAUAAUGGAUCACUGUUGCCCAAAAAAACCCUCUGAAACUCUUGAAUAGGAAAAAGUAUGGUUUUUUCCAUUUACUGCUUGUGAUGCAACAUUCUGAAGAAGAACCUGCUGCUAUCCUUUUUGUAUGUGAAUAUUCUCUGCAGAAGCUUACGAGUACAUCUGAUGCGUGCCUCCUUUGAAAGUUACACUGGAUAACUUGACAUAUAAGAGUUUUUUCAGUGCCCAGACAGCCUGUAUACACAAGCAUCAAAUUUGCUGAAUUCUGAACGUCACGGACUUGCUGCAUGGUAUGUCCGGCACAUCCAGUGAGUCAGAGACGUCCAGUCUAACGCUCGGCGCGUACGCGUGGAGUACAGUGUGUCCCGAACACAUCUGACUGGCGCACUGCGGGACACGGCAUUGGACUAGAACAUCGUGGUCUGCGUAGGUGCAGGGAUGCUGUCUUAGAUCUUAGGUUUGGAAGUUACAGUUCAGAGCAUGAUCUCUGUCAUAUGGAUGGAGAAUCGCACAGAGGCGUGGAAAUCUGCCUGCAUGAAAUAACGCGCAGCUCAAGGCUUUAGAGAGGGGGGCAGCCACUAGGCCUGCUGGCAUCAGUGGGAACUAGGAAUUAAGCUCUAGGCUUUCACAGAUCAACAGAGGAUGGAAAAAUCACUAAAAAUGGUAGACAAAUUUUUGCAAAUCCUUAAAAAUUGACAGGCGCUCAGAGGGAACUAUGUUGUCUGAAGAAACUACUUAACCUUUUCAGGUCCUCAGUAGCUUCUGGACGGAUAAAAUCAAGACAAUAAUACCAAUAGAGAGGGUAACGCUGCGUGUGAAGUGUAACUAGAUGAAAGAGGCAGCGUGUGAUGAGAGAGAAAUGGAGAAGAGAAGACAGAUAACUGGGAGAGAACUGAAGAAGGGAGGCUGAGGUACAGGAAAAGGCUGAAGAACAAUGGCUUCCUUCAGCAACCUGACUAUUGGCAUUGCUGUUGCCAGUUUUACUGUAUUUCAGCUCCUGUUCCAUGUUUUGAGUUCUUGGGUGUCAACACGAAUAACACCUGGUUUUAACAAUCUCAGCCAAAAAAGGAAGAUCGAAUGGAAUUCAAGGACAGUGUCCACAUUCCACGCCUUGGUGGUUGGUGGGUUUUGCCUAUAUAUUUUGUUGUACGAUGAUGCUGUUAAUGCUGACCGUCUCUGGGGUGACCCUUCAAUUGUGAAACUGAAUAUCGCUAUUACCACAGGCUACCUCAUUUCUGAUUUGUUGCUUAUUGUUCACUACUGGAAGGCAAUUGGUGACAAAUUUUUUGUAAUACAUCACUUGGCAGCUCUGUAUGCUUACUAUUUUGUACUGAGCAAAGGUCUGUUGGCUUAUUUUGGAAACUUCCGUCUGCUUGCAGAGUUCUCCACUCCUUUUGUCAACCAGCGGUGGUUUUUUGAAGUACUGGGAUACCCCAAAUCUUCCAAGGCCAACAUCGUCAAUGGUGUGCUGAUGACAGUUGUGUUCUUCGUGGUCAGGAUCGCCGUCAUGCCUGUCUAUUACAGCCAUGUAAUUUCUUCAUUCGGAACAGAGGCUUUCCAGAGGUUAGGAUUUGCAGCCCAGAGUGCCUGGAUUAUCUCAAGUGUUGUCUUGGAUGUUAUGAAUGUGAUGUGGAUGGUCAAAAUUGCGAAAGGAUGCUACAAAGUCAUUUGUCUUAUCGGACGGGAGGAAGCCAAAACUCACAGAAAUGGAAAAUCGGACUAGAAAUCAUACACAUAAAAUGAAAUUUCUGCUAUGAAUAUAAUUUGGGUUCACUGAAGCAGUGCACAUUUCUGCCGUGGAAUGCUCCUCUUAAGGAAACAAGGUAUUACCUCUGUACUGACCUUACUCUUCCCCUAGCCACACUGCCUGCACACCCAGGGCCACGCUUUACGGAUCCUGCCCGGUGAGGAAUAAAAGCAAAAGCUCACGCAAAUGAGUUCCACGGGUCCGUUCCGAGCAGUUACAAGCUACUGAAAUUAGAAAGGAGCAGACUGGUCACUUGCUUGUUGUCCACCAGUGUGUUCGAAGUGUUUCACUCAGGUUUCUCAGAUCAAUGUGUUUUAUAAAUCCAGUGAAUACUGACAUCUCUCUUUGGUUUUUUUUUUUAGAGAACAAAAAAAACCCCAAACUCCUGAUAUGGUGCAAUUUUCCUGGCACGUUUCUAUGUUUUCUUCUAGGAAUAGCAAUUGAGAUUUCAUUCUUGAUAACUUUUAAAUUUUUUGCAAGAAGAGCUAAAAGUUUAGCUUUGAUUCUGUGGAGUCUUUUACUGCUUUUUGUUCUGCCUUACAUGAAUGCAAACCAUUUUGGGAAAUGUAUGAAAUAAUUUUAUCUAAAGUGCUGUAUUAUAAGAUUACAGGAUAUCUUAAAAAUUGUUUAAAAUUCUCUGAUUUUGACGGGAAGGAUUCACCUUUGCUGUGCUAGGUUACAUGCAGUAGCACACCUAAAUUGCCCGUGGAAUUUUUUUCAUAAUUUAGUAUGCGUGGAAACAGCGUAAUUCUUCCUGGAGUGCUUUUUCCUUUGCUGCUACUACCUUGGAGAAGUGCUGCAACUCCGCUCAGAUUUAUUUUAACCAUUGGCUAUUUGGAUGCAAAGUUUAACUGUAAAAAGAUAAAAUUCUUCUGUAUAUUUGAUGUGUAACUUACAGUAAUACUUUUUUUUUUUCUUUUAUCACAGAAAUGACCCAUUUGAUACAAAGUGUUGAGGUUUUUGUCAUGUUUUCCAUGUUAAUCACAUCAGAAAUCUGAGGUGUUGACUAAAAACGUUCUUGAAUUAACUGUGCCAAACGUGUGUAAAGCUGUACGGUAAUUCUGUAGAACGACAGUUCGCUUCUGCAGGCACAGCGCUUUGGUGUUUUUAAACCAGGUGUUUGUCAAUUAUUACUCUGUUCCUUCUGCAGACUUAAAGGUUCGGAGGCCAUCAGAGAGGAAUCUUACCAUCUAGAAGUAGUCUAGAAUGUAAUAUAUAAUACAGUUUGAGGGAAUUCUGGAUUUUAUUUUGAAAUGGUUUUGAGAGCCGUAUUUGUGUGUAGUUUGGUUUUGUUUUGCUUACUUUAAACCAUAUCUGAACUAGAACUGAUUAACUUCUGGUUUUUUCCCCUGUUGUUUUGUUUGUUUUUGACGUUACCUGUUAUUUGUUAUACUUCCUGGUAAGAUCUGCUUAAAGUAUCCAUUUUCACUCAGUACUUCAGUGCAUAUCCCAAUUAUUGUAGCAGACGGUUUAAGCAAUUUAUUUUUAAGCAAAAAGAUGAAAUAUUUACCCUAUGCAGACUAGUUUUCCUCUUGUCCUGUUCCCUCUAACGAAGCUGGGUGACAGGAACUCUCCCCUCUGCAGUCGGAGGUGUGAGCGCCCCGAUACUCUGCUCUCAGGUGAGGGUCGCAGCGUUCCCGUCUUCCAGGAAUCAGAUGUCCAUAAGACCCCAAGAGGACUGCGUAGGCUGAAAUGCCUAUUUCAUAUAUAUAUAUACGGAACAUAUAUAUGAAAUAGGUGUAAUAUAAUCAUAAUAUCCUCUAUGAAAGGAAUAUAAUGUUCACCUUCUUCCAAGGGGAGACCUUUGAUUACACUGGCAGCUCAUGAAUGGUGAACGAUGUGGAUAUGAAAGAUCUUUCAUAAAGGAUAUAUGGUUAUACAUAACCAUGGUUAUGAUAUAUGAAAUAAUACCAAUUUCAUAAACCCCCCCUGUUUUAUAUAUGAAAAGCCACAGCCAAGGUGGCUGCGAUGAGUUUAGUUGCCCAGUUAAAAUGACAUCAGGGGGUAUCGUUUGGCCUGGUGUAAUACGCGCUUUUAUAAGCCUAGUUCUGCUCUUUAACUGGGCAGGCGUGUUUCCAAAACCACUUCCCAGUGCUGCCUUCUUCAGGGACGUAUCAAGGAUUGCUAAUACUUCUGGGUUGUUUGUUUUUGUUUUUUUUUUUUUUAAAUUGUGUGCUUUUUCGUACUUCACAAGCCUGCAGAUGAUAGAUUUGUUUAUGCCUUGGGAAAGCUGGCAGUUAAUCUGUUUAGCUGUAGGAUUUGGGUGAGCACAGGACCUCAUUUGGGAACCAGUAAAUCCACAGUCUUUGUGAGCUGAUCCUGUGACCUGCUCUGCUGAAAGAAACAGGCUCCCUUUUAUACUAAUUUGCAGAAUCUGGUGUCUUUUAAAAUAGUGGUUUCAGUGUAUCUAAUGCAAAAUCCCAGCUAUGUACAAAGGCUCUAUCACCUUUAUGAUUUAAAGGUGUAAAUGAAAUACUUUUUUCUUGUGCUUUUUCAGUCACAAGAUCAGGGAAUCAUUUUGCAAUAGCUUGUUCCUUUCUAAAAUAAAUUUUAAAUUUGUAAAUUCAAACUAUUUGGAGAACAUGUCUCAAAGCAGAAGUCUGCUUCUGUUAUUCGGGAAGUAGGAUAAAAAAAGCUGAUAAGGGAAAAGCUGAUUUGGUGCAACUCUUACGGUGAUAAGUCUUGGAAACUUUUUGAAAUGUAUCCCUUCUUAGCAUUCAUCUUUAAUAUUUCAGUGUUUAAUAUUUUUUGUUUUCAGUGGAGAACAUUAAUUCAAAUGGUCCGUUUCCUUCACUUCUAGGUAGACUUGGGUCGGAUGGGGGGGGGAAGGGAAAGUCAAGUUAUAAGAAAAUUAAGUUAAAACUAGAUGGAACCCCCCUGUCCCCGCAUAAUACACAUUGGGCAACAGUCCAGAAUGGAAGGGCAGUGGGAAAAUUAUUUUAAAACAUGUAAUAUUUUGGGUUUUGCUGUACAAAAUUAGUGUAACUAAAACGAUAUUUUGCAAUGCAUUAGGUUUCAAUUUUCUACUUUGUUAAUUUAAUAUAUGACAGUUAUGUCCUGAUGCAUCUACCGUGUAUCAGAAGACAACUUUCUAAUGAAAAAGAUGAUUGACACUUGUGUAUUCAGCAAGGACUGAGGCGAACAGUCUGCAGAGUUGUGACAUACUGAAUACAUGAGCAUAGGGCACGUCUUACCUGCCGUUACAAGCUUAUAAUACAGCAAAUUAGAUAGCUGCAGCACCCAUUCUUCAAUUGCACUUUAUUAAUUUAAAAACUGUGGUGAAAUAUUGAUGAAAUUUAAUGUUGCAAACUCGUGUCUUUUCUUUUUUUUAAUGCAAAAAUUAAAUGCAUGAUAAGUAGCAUCGUAAUAAAUGCUACCUUUAGAAUGUAAUAUCUUAUUAGUGGCUUAAAACUUCUGUUUUUAAUGGAUGCACUGUCUAGUGUAACAGCAGACUCUUGGUAUGUCACAAGGUGUCUUUGCCGUGGACAUAUCGAACGGAAGGAGUUAAUGUUGUAAAAAAUGCUCAGUUAUCUUGUUUUUCUUUUCUGUUAUAUUCUUUGGUACCAGGUGACAUAGAAUUAGCACGACGAUCAUGGGAGAGUCCGUUUGUACCGGUAAGGCUGUGUGUAGGAAUACAAGUUUCCCUUUUUUAUGGCUUUACGUUUUCAUCAAAAGAUGAGUAAAUACCACUUUCAGAACCACUACAGGGGAAUGGUAGGUCAAGUUUUGCUUUUAUAAUUGAUUUGUGAACAGAGGACUUGCAGAGAGGAAAUGUACUUCAGUUGUUUUCUCAGUGAGCGCUCCAGUGGAUUUCAGUGAAGUCGAGAGCCUUACGCUACAGAGACGCUUUAUGGGUUAUCUGUGUGCAUACUUCGGUGGUAAGAAUUACAUCUCUGAAGCCUACGCUACCUCUAUAAAGACAUGCUAUCUUGAGUGAGCUCAGUAAUUGCUUAAAACAGAAAAUCUAUUGGAUAAUGAGAAAUAUCCUAUGCACAGGAAAAUGAGGGGAGCUGACUUUAUACAUAAAAAUUUUUAACAAUUCCAAAUUUUGUAUGAAAAUUUAUUAAAAAUUAAAUUGAUUACAGUGUCUGGAAGAGAAUUGCUUCCAUCUUUACUUAAAUUAUGAGAGAAGAUUACUCAUACUGUAGAACUAACAUUAACCUAAGAGUAAAAGCUUACACAAGCGAGCAAAUGCGUUCAGGCAGGUUUAAAGAGGAGGAUCGGGUGGAGGAGACUUUGAGAACACAAGGAUAGAGAUCCAGAUGUCUUCCUGCUGCUGUGGUUGGGACAACAGCGGACUGAGGCAUAGCAGAAAGGUCUAGGUAGCUCUGUGUCUCUGUUCACGGUGGAAAAUGAAGCUCUAGUCUUCAAAAUUUUCAAGCUGUUUAAAAUGGGUUACCUGUUGUUGAUUGCCAUUAUGAAGAGGGCAUUUUCUCAUGGACUUGUGUGUGUUUAAGCGUACGUACAUACAAACUUUCUGUAAAAGAUCAUUUACUAGACAAGUUUGUAAAAUUGUUUUGUGAUGCUUCUGCUGAGCCAUUCAGAGGAAAAUAAAGGGCUGCUUGACAAUUACCCCAGCUUAGGUUCUGGUGCAGCGUUGGCUGCUGGUGAACGCCAUCAAUAAAGCAAAUAGAAAGGGAUGAGAAUUUUCAGAUGAAAAAAUGCAAGCGUAGAAGACUUUGAAAAGAAUGGGCAGCCCUCUUUCCUGUUUCUAAUAGCCUACUGUAUGACAUCGUUAUCUGGCUACAAGGAACUUCACGGGAAAGGAUUUGUUCCUGGUGGAGUGUCUGUAUGUGUGGAGCAUAUCUGACAGCUGGAAAAAGAACAGUGCUUCAUUGCUGGGAUCCUGACAGCCAUCAGAUGGAAACAGCGAUCAAUAUUUAUGAACUUUAACGUUCAUCCAAACCCGGGUAGAACCUCCUUGUUGGGCAGGUGAAGGUCUUAGGAUUUUCUGAAAGCAACUUGAAAGCUCUUCUUAUGGUAGAGAAGAUGAAAAAAUGUGCUGCUUGGGAUGUUCAGAGAUCGGAGAUUAAGAAUCAAAUCAUACUUUUAGGUGGUAACACUUGGUAAGUUUUCUUAUCCAUUACAAAUCUCUACUAGCUACCUCCUUUGACAUUCUUGCUCUAUUUAUAAUAACCAAGCACUUUAUAGCUCAGUAAAGAAUGGAAGGUAGCUAUGAAGAAUAAAUUGUAUCGUUUGGUAUAAGAAAUAUUUGGGCAAAAUUUCUUUUGAGAUCAGUUUCGUCGUGUGAUGUGAUGUCCCGCACCGAGAGGGCAUCUGGUUAUGACGAUGUAUAUACAUUUUUAAUCUAGUUGUAAUGUAAAGGAAAUGUCUUCAAGAGAGUGAAUUAUGAAGAGUUCAGCAUGGCUUGGUAUCAACCCUAUAAUGAUUCAGUGUGCUAUUUAUAACUUCCUACUGAUUGAAAAUGAAAAUGUAAAAGCAAAUGAAAUAUUCUGUAGUGUAUCUUUAUUUUUAAUCUAUGUGUGGGAUGUCGAACAUUGUACUUGUCUUGUGGACAGGACAUGCUUUUAUGAGCCUAUAAAUAUUUAAGUAUAUGAGAUUCUGCACCCAAGUGGAACAUGUUGCAUGUCAGUUUGGCUCCUAAGUUUUUAAAUUUCAGUCUUUUUAAAAAUUUGCUAGGUUUGAAAGCAACAUUUGAAUAUUAAUACUAAGGUGUAAUACAGAACAUAACAUUUUGAAUGCAAUGUGGGAUAUACUGGUUUUGGUUAUUGUAACCCUACACCAGUUCCACAGGAGAAACCCAUCAUGGGAUAGGGGGAAAGGAGGAAAAGGGCUAAUCAUGAGCUCGGCUAUAUAAUUUGCACACUUAAUAUGCACACAUCCAAAUAUCUUGGCUUUGUUUCUAGCAUGCAUAUACCAAACAGUGUUUUCUUUAGUAUCUAGAGAUACAUAUGUACGUAGAAUAAUUUAGCAUGUAAGCACAGCUAACCUGAUAGAAAACCGAAUUCCAAAGACUGUUGGGAACAACUGAGUUACAGGUUAGGCAGAAGUAACGGAGCCUGUGAUUCAAAAAUGUUUAUAUAAUCUUCCUUCUAAAAAGAAACCUGACAAAUAUAUCUAACACAUGCAGAGCAAGGAUGGAAACUAAAUUCUGCCUGCCUGAUUUCUGGUAAAUCUUGACAAUCUGGUUUGCAGUAAAUACUAAUAUUGUCACAAAAUGUCAGGAUCACAUUAUUAAAUUCAGAUAGUAAUAUGGCCUGACCGCAGUAGCAAGCCUUACCACGGCACAAGACCUUAAAAAUGCAGUGUAACAGUUCCGCAGAUCAGUGAUAAAAGUGAUUGGUCGUAGUAAGGUGAAUGAUGAAGUAUUAUGGAUUUAAAUUAACUUUUUAUUAGGAAAAUUUUUUGAAUUAUUUGUUUGCAUUUCAGUGAUAUUGUAAAGCAUUUCUGUAUUUUGUUUGAACAGUUUAGGAGCUUGCAUAAAAUGGUACUGGCUGAUUAUUUUUUUCUUCCCUUUGAUAUAUGCAAUAAUGUCAAUAAGCAAUAAAUUGCAUGUUGUAUGCAAGGUAUCAGUACUUCGUAAUAAAGGAAAGGAACGCA